AUGGAAAAUGCAACUGAAGUCACUGUGUUUAUAUUGAUGGGCUUCACAGAUGAUUUUAAUGUGCAAAUCUUCCUAUUUUUACUUCUAGCAAUCUAUCUUUCUACACUGGUAGGAAAUUUAGGAUUGGUUUUAUUGGUCAUUGUGGAUUCUCUGCUCCACAACCUUAUGUACUGUUUUCUGAGUGUGUUAUUAUUCUUGGAUGCCUGCUAUUCCUCUGUUGUCACUCCAAAAAUGUUGGUCAAUUUCCUGUUAGAGAAUAAAACCAUUUCCUAUCUUAGAUGUGCAACCCAGAUGUUUCUCGCUGUUACUUUUGGGACCACAGAAAGAUUUCUCUUGGCUGCAAUGGCACAUGAUUGCUAUGUAACCAUCUGCAACCCUCUCCUGUAUUCAGUUAGCAUGGCACCCAGAGUCUAUGUGUCCCUUAUCAUUGCUCCCUAUGUUGGCGGCAUCUUGCAUGCCUCUGUACACGCAGUGGCCACAUUUAGUCUAUCCUUCUGUGCAUCCCAUGAAAUCAGACGUGUCUUUUGUGACCUCCCUCCCCUCCUCACCAUUUCUUGCUCUGACACUCACACAAACCAGCUUGUGCUCUUCUACUUUGUGGGCUCUGUUGAGACAGUCACUGCCCUGAUUGUCCUGAUCUCCUGUGGCUUCAUGCUGUUGGCCAUUCUGAGGAUGCAUUCUGCUGAGGGGAGAAGGAAAGUCUUUUCUACAUGUGGCUCUCACCUAACUGGAGUGUCAAUUUACCACGGAACCAUCCUCUUCAUGUAUGUGAGACCAAGUUCCAGCUAUGCUUUGGACCAUGACAUGAUCAUGAUCAUGUUGACAGUUUACACCAUUGUGAUUCCCAUGCUGAAUCCCAUCUUAUACAGUUUUAGGAAUAAAGAUGUCAAAGAGGCAAUGAAGAGAGUGUUUGGUAAAAAUGGAUGUAUCAAUAAAGUAUAUUUUUCACACUAA